GAACAAUUGAGGGUCAUAGUUCUGGUAUCUUGGGUAGCAAUAUUGAAUCUUCUGAGCCGUUCACUCUCACAGACACUGCUCUUCUUCAGGCCAUUCCUGCUUCUUUCUCUCCUGUGCCCUGUUUACAUUCAACAACCUCACUAAAUGGGUUUUCGCUAUUUACUGCCACUACCGCCAGCUCCAGCUCAACAGUUAGCUCGGCGCCCUCACACGCGCCCUCACAUACAAAUACAAGCUGUCCCGGCUUUCUACCUGCUUCAAGCAUUUGCUCCUCUACCAUCUCCAGCGCCAGUACCAUGACCCCCAUAUCUGGAUCUACGGUGGUAACGAAUUCGGCUGCCGCAACACCGCUGUUUGCCUCUUUUCUACCGCUUUCGCAGUGUGAGACACAACUGGCACAAACUGGACUUUUGAUGGUCACAUUGGAUCACUCACAACCCAUCCAAUCAUCUCCAUCACCCGAUGUUUCAACGUCGCCGAGAGCAUUAACAACAAGCGAUAGGGGCUUGCCUGAGGAACAGGCUGAGCGAUUUGCUGUCAGAGCUGGGUCCUCAUCACUUGAUAGAAACUCUAUCACUACUUCGAACAUUGCUUCAUCUCAUUUUGUGACACCAUUUUCUCUUCCAACAAGCUCUUCUGACAAUAGCAGAGACCCUGUCUCCAAUUGUUCGCCUUUUGAAGAACGUUCUCUCCUUAUAGACGUGGUUUCGUUAGAUGACGACGAAAAUGAGCUCACAGGGGGCCUACAACCUUCAUGGCGGGCCUCAGUUUCUGGCGCUUAUUCAACUUCAGGGCAGUACUCUAAUUCUAUUUCUACUGACCUCAUCUCAUCUGUAUCUCAAGUUGCGGAUACAAGGUCCGAAUCACAAGAGGAACUCGGCACUUGCCAACUGGACACGGUAUCUUCAAACACGGACUUAAUCACCAAUCUCCAAGCUGAUCCUUGUCCUCGUUCUACGACCUCUUCCUAUUCCUCAUCUUCAUUCUCCUCCUCUGAAUCAAUUUCCAGCAGCACUAGCAGUCCAAUAUCUCGUCAUCUUACAUCUCCUUCUGGCAGUUUAGCAUUACGGACAGAGUCAUUGAAUCAAGCUGCCGACCAGGCUUGCCAGCGUCCUACGAUUCAAGCCAAAGCCGCGAUUUCUGACCCGGCGAUAGCUUUGGCUGACACUGUAGAUGUGACCUUUAGAGGCAACCCUUGCACUCGUAGGUCAUCUGCCAUCAAGCCGCAGUUACUUGCAGAACGAAGGAGUCCUCGUGAGGCAAGGCGCCGAGGGUACUUCGCUGCUAAUAUGCCUUCAUCAUGUAGUCUUAAUCAGGUGGACGCUGGCAUA